AUGGCUGUCGUGGCGAAAUCUAGUCAUCGCAUUCUUUGCUACAUUUCUCCUGCUUUACGCGAUUCACCUGUUCGUGUGGGACAGUUCAUGGGGAUGCGAUCGCCUACCGCUAGUCUCUGGCAUGAAUGCUCUGGAGCCCUCUCCCACACACUACCCACCUUCGCUUCCCCCUGCCUUGGCUUCUCAUUCUCCGUCCUCUCAGCGGCCAACUGCUGGUGGGCCGAGCCCAAGAGCGUGCAGUCGCACUACAUAUACGGCUACGAGCUCCCCAGACUCUUCAACACACUGUUGUUCCUCAGACCCCCCAUUCCCCCCAACCCCCCCUUGCCUCCCUUCCAUCAUUCCUCAUUUUCCCCUCCUCUCGCAGCGGCCAACUGCUGGUGGGCCGAGCCCAAGAGCGUGCAGUCACACUUCAUCUACGUCUACGAGCUCCCCAGACGGUUCAACGUUGACCUCUCUGACCGCCUCACCUCACACCACCUCUCCGAUUUCCAUCUAGACAACCUCCUAUUCAGGGCACUGCAGCGCUCCAACAUACACCGCACAGUGGACCCCGAGGCCGCUUCCCUCUUCUUCCUCCCCGUGCUGCCUAUGCUGCACCUCGCCCUGCGCCUGCCCUCUCUUGAAGCACCCUCCCUUGCGCUCGCUGAUGAAACAGCAGAGGGAGAGACGGCAGCACGGGGAAACGGGCUUGAGCUGUCGUUAGAGCACUGGGAGGCGCUGGCAGAUACAGGGCGUUAUGUGGGGGAGGCGUUAUUGUAUGUGCAGUCUCUCCUUUCGCCCCCCAACCCUCCUGUCAAUAUCUUUCCCUUCGUGAGCCCCUCUCUCCUCGGCUCUCUCUUCAACCUCCAGCCCUCCUCCAACCCCGACCUGCUCCUCCGCUCCCUCCUCAACCUCACCCCCACCGCUGCUGCUGCUGCUGCCGCCGCCGCUGCUGCUGCUGCUGCCGCCGCCGCCGCCGCCGCCGCUGCUGCUGCUGCUGCUGCUGCUGCUGCCGCCACCACUGCUGCUGCUGCCGCUGCUGCUGACACUGCUGCUGCCAACAUAAGGAAAACCACGACUGGCAGCAAGCAACAUCCUUUCUUUCGUCAACCCGGCUGUCCUCGGGUCUCUAUUCACCCUCCAGCCCUCCUCCUACCCAGACCUGCUCUUCACAUUACUUCACCCUCCUUCGUCCCUUCCCCCUCCUCCCUCCCUUUCUCUCCCCUCUCACCCUCCCCUUCCAGCAUCCUCCCUUUCGUCAACCCCUCUCUCCUCGGGUCUCUAUUCACACUCCAGCCUUCCUCCUACCCAGACCUCCUCUUCCGCUCUGUCCUCCACCUCACCCCCGCUGCCGCCGCCGCUGCCGCUGCCAGAAGGAGAGCAGCGGCCGGCAGCAAACAGACAACUGCUGCCGGCCGGUUGAAAGCUGCUCUGGCAGGGAAGAAGCGGCAGCAGGAGCAGCAGGAGGGGGUGGGGGUAGGAGACGAGUACGGGGGUACCCACUUUGAGGGCUGUACAUCUCCUCCCGUGACUUUUGAGUCGACUCAAAAGUCAAUCGUGUCUUGUGUUCUCUCUCUCUGCCUUUCGAGGACAGGGAAUGCACUGCCCGCCAGGACAGGGAAUGCACUGCCCGCCAGGACAGGGAAUGCACUGCCCGCCAGGACAGGGAAUGCACUGCCCGCCAGGACAGGGAAUGCACUGCCCGCCAGGACAGGGAAUGCACUGCCCGCCAGGACAGGGAAUGCACUGCCCGCCAGGACAGGGAAUGCACUGCCCGCCAGGACAGGGAAUGCACUGCCCGCCAGGACAGGGAAUGCACUGCCCGCCAGGACAGGGAAUGCACUGCCCGCCAGGACAGGGAAUGCACUGCCCGCCAGGACAGGGAAUGCACUGCCCGCCAGGACAGGGAAUGCACUGCCCGCCAGGACAGGGAAUGCACUGCCCGCCAGGACAGGGAAUGCACUGCCCGCCAGGACAGGGAAUGCACUGCCCGCCAGGACAGGGAAUGCACUGCCCGCCAGGACAGGGAAUGCACUGCCCGCCAGGACAGGGAAUGCACUGCCCGCCAGGACAGGGAAUGCACUGCCCGCCAGGACAGGGAAUGCACUGCGCCUCACCUGCUCUCCCUCUCCCUUUCUCCCUGCCCGCCAGCACAGGAUAUGCACUGUGCCUCACCUGGUAACGACCUGGUCAUCCCGCCUCUCCUCCCGCUCACGCCGCCCUUCGAUCUCCUCUCUCUUCCCCGUCCCAUUCCUCUUCACCUGCCCGCCAGCACAGGAUAUGCAUUGCGCCUCACCUGGUAACGACGUGAUCAUGCCGCCUCUCCUCCCGCUCACACCACCCAUCCCCCCUGAUGCCCGCAACCGCUCCCUCCCCGUGCUUGUUCUCCUCGGCCCUCCUCACCGCUCUCCACCCCUCCCCGCCCCUCCUCACCACUCUCCAUCCCUCUCCGCCCCUCUCGCCUCUCCUCCACCUGCCAAGGAUAUCCCCAACGAGAACCCCACCUCUCUUGCACAUGCCAAGCACACGCCCACAGACCCUAUUGGGAAUGAGGGUCUAACCAGGCGUCUAUUGGGUGAAGGCGUGACUAGGCAAUCAGGUGAUGAUGGCAAUAACGGUGGUGGUGGUGAUUGGGAUCGCCACGGCCUUUGGAAGGAAGGGGAAGCAACUUCUGAGUCGACUAAAAAAUCGACUCAAAGAAGCGAUGAUGAUGGCAAAGGCGGAAGUGGUUAUUGGGACCGCCACGGUCUCUGGAAAGAGGGGGAAGGCGAUGAUGUGGCAUCUGCGGAUGGGGUAGCAGGAGCAGCAGUGGCAGCAGGGGGAGCAGGGGAAACAGGAGAAACACGGGCGGCAGGGGAGGCAGCAACAGCAGGGGAAUCAGGAAGAGCUGAAGGCUGGAAGGAAGAUGUGCGGAGAAGGGAUGAGGGAAAUGGUUCGAAUGAGGGGAUGGGUGCAGCAGGGGGCGGUUUCGACCGGGAGGCGGUGCGAGGGGCGUUUAUGGAGAUGGUGGGAACGAGCAACCCCAAGGGGUGGGCCUUGCUGCAGCUAACCCCACAUGCAGCAGCAGCAGCGAUGCAGGGAGCAGUGUUCUGUGUGUGCCUGCCUGACGCCUCCCACUGGCACGAGAUGGUGUGCAUGGCUCAAGCCGUGGUCAACGGGUGUAUCCCUGUCACCUUCUUCCACCACUACCGCCACCCCUGGCUGCACUCGCUGCCCUUCAGCCCCACGUGCUGCAUCCCAGUCACCUUCUUCCACCACUACCGCCACCCCUGGCUGCACUCGCUGCCCUUUAGCGCCUUCUCUCUCAACAUUGAUCCCAUGGACGUGCACGAAACAGCAAUGCGCCUCGAUGUGAUGCUGCUGGAUAUGAAUACGAGCUGCCCCAUCCUCUCCAUCCCCCCAUCCACACACCCUGCACUGUCUGUUGCCCGCUCCCCUUGCAGUGCCUUCUCUCUCAACAUUGAUCCCAUGGAAGUGCACGAGACGGCGAUGCGCCUCGAUGUGAUGCUGCUGGAUAUGAGCCUCCUGUGGCGCAUGCAGACGGAGCUGCACUCAGUGCAAUAUGAUGCCUUCUCUCUCAACAUUGAUCCCAUGGACGUGCAUGAAACAGCCAUGCGCCUCGAUGUGAUGCUGCUGGAUAUGAGCCUCCUGUGGCGCAUGCAGACGGAGCUGCUCUCAGUGCAGCAGAGGUUGCUGUAUAACGAGUCUGCUCCUAUCAGUGCUGUUGACCAGGUCAGUCUCUCCCUUCCCUAG